CGGGCUCAUCUGCCCCGUACUCGUCAAUUUCUCUCCUUUCUACCCCUCUAGUCUCCCCAUCGUGCCCGCUCUCUCUUCUGCUUUCUACAACACAUAAACUAUGUCUUUCGCAGCUCUGAGAGCGUCCGCGCGUCGUGCGACCGCUUCUGCCGCUCGCGCUCCCCGCGUCGCAGUGCGUAAUGCUGCCAUUCGUCGGUACGCAACGGAGAGCACACCAGGCCCGAAGAGCAACGCUGCGCUCCUCGGCGCUCUUGGGGCCGCUGCUCUUGCUGGCGGUGCCUUGUGGGUCUACACCUCCAACUCCGACACGGCCAAGGAGGCUGGCACCGCGGUCAAGUCGGGUGCUCAGGCGGCCAAGGUUGCUGCCAACUAUGUCCCGACCAAGGAGGAUUACCAGAAGGUGUACAACCGCGUUGCAGAGAUUCUCGACCAGGCGGCUGAUAAGGGCUAUGACGAUGGGUCCUACGGUCCUGUGCUCGUCCGUCUCGCCUGGCACGCCUCCGGCACGUACGAUAAGGAGACCAACACUGGCGGCAGCAACUAUGCGACGAUGCGCUUCGAGCCCGAAGCCAAGCACGGCGCGAACAAUGGCCUGAACGUCGCACGCGACCUCCUCGAGCCCAUCAAGCAGGAGUUCCCGUGGAUCUCGUAUGGUGACCUUUGGACCUUGGCAGGCGUCGCGGCUAUUCAGGAGCUGGGCGGCCCCAAGAUUCCCUGGCGCCCGGGCCGCAUUGACGGCUUCGCCGCCCAGUGCACUCCUGACGGUCGUCUCCCCGACGCUGCGCAGGGUGCUGACCACGUCCGCAACAUCUUCUACCGCAUGGGCUUCAACGACCAGGAGAUUGUCGCGCUGGUUGGCGCGCACGCCCUCGGCCGCUGCCACCGCGACCGUUCGGGCUUCGAUGGCCCUUGGACGUUCUCGCCGACGAGCGUGACGAACGAGUUCUACAAGCUGCUUUUGAACGAGAAGUGGGUGUGGAAGAAGUGGGACGGCCCGAAGCAGCUCGAGGACAAGAAGACGCACAGCCUGAUGAUGCUCCCCACCGACUACGUCCUCAUCCAGGACAAGAGCUUCAAGAAGUGGGUCAAGGCGUACGCCGAGGACGAGCAGCUCUGGUUCAAGGACUUUGCCGCGGCGGUGUCGACGCUCUUUGAGCUCGGGGUGCCCACCCAGCAGUUCGUCUCGUCCGAGCCUUGGAUCUUGAAGGGCAGCGACGAGCAGUGAGCGCCCUAAGGGGUGCUGCUCCUGCCAGCGCGUGUCCCGAACGACGGUUCUGUCGUAGAGUCUAGAGUCUAGAGCUAGAAUAGAGUGUAGACGUUGGUUACGAUGCUUGGUUGUUCGGGAUUCUAUAGUAGGCCCUACGGUUCGCACUAUACUUAGCAGGGGGGGGUAGUAGGACGUAGUGGUUGGGAGAGGAGAAGGAUUGCGGGGUAAUGUGGGGGUAGGGAAGCAGAGGCGAUGGUGGAAAAGGAGCGGUGUAUCCGCACAGAGUCUUCUAUAUUCUAUUGCUAUUUUCUGCUCAUUACUGCUGCCUUGCUGAUAACACGUUACUCCCGUAUAACGUUCGC